AUGGACUACCAGGACUUUGUAGAAGCUUACGGCCCGAAUGAACCAGCAAUUCCUGUUGGUAAGUGCCAAGUCAGAGCCCAAUACUCUUGGAGCGGUGAGCAGAAGACGGAUUUGGGAUUUGUUGAAGGGGAUCUUAUUGAUGUGACCAGUACCGGAGAUGGUGACUGGUGGGUUGGAAGAUUAAGAAGGAAUAAGGUGACUGGAUCGUUUCCUCGUAACUUUGUGAAGUUUGUUGACCCUCAUCAAUCGGUUCGAAGACUCGAUAGUGAUGUUAGCCGAUUGGCCAUUUCACAGCCUUUGACAUCUUCACAGACUACUCAGAGAUCUUUGGCAGACUCAAGAAACUCUAAAAAGAGCGUUCAGUCAACUGAAGAGUUUCUGCAAGAUAUUUCCAACGAGUUGAAAGCCCUUACCUCUAGCAUGAAUAGCCUCGAUACCAGUGGACCAGUAGUGGCUGAUUUGGGCUUUGAAAAUUCUGAGAGUGCUAGUGAUAGUGAUGAGGGACCACCUCCACCACCUCCUCCUCACAAAUUUCUGCCAAGCAGCAGCGGCAACAGUGCGAGAUCUCAGCCGCCAAUUGUAGAUCAAUUCACCCUUGACAAACAACUCAUGCGCAAAAUCACAGAUUCGCCAGAUUUCGAAGAAGUGCCGUUCGAUCCUAGAGCGUUCGCACCUCAAACCACUCCAGUUGGACCAGCUACUGAUCGAGCCAGAUCGAACGAGCGUGUUUUCAGCGGGCUGAGCACGAGAUCUCGAAGUGUCGAGUAUUUUUCUCAUCCUGGAUCUAAUGUGACACCGUCACCACCGAAGAAGUCUUCAGGGACGCACAGAUUUGUUCGAAAGCUGUUCAAUAAACGAGAGAAUGGCCAGGAGCUUGGGUUUGCUCUCACGCGAACUAUAAGCGCUUCCUCUCACUUGUCUACCGUAUCAUCGGCUUCACGAAUCAAAAGUUCUCUGUUAUCACCUCUUAAAUCUUGGGCUAAAAAUUUGAGAGAUCCCGACAACGAGUUUUACCCGUCUAAUCAUCACCAGGGAACACAUGAAAUUAAAGCCCCGACAACUGUUGCUCGAACCACUGUUUCCAACGCUUUGCUUGACCCAUCUUGGAUGGAUAAUCAACGGAACCUUUAUCGUUCACGAACCUUGACUGAGCAUGAGUUGCAAAAGCGGCGGCAAACCAAUGAGCUUCGGGGUGUUUCCUCUUCGUCACCUCUCGCCCUGGUUCAAAACUCAAGCAGCGAGUUCCAUGACUAUCGUUUAGAAGACUUUGGAGCAGUUGACCACGAAAUAAUGUCACUGUCUUCCUGGCCACGACUGAUGACACCGGCCGUGUUUGCAAGUAGUCACAUUGGACGAAGAUUUAGUGACCCUGUUGAGAGACUACGAGCUGUGUUUAUAUUGUGUGCGUUCCAUAUCACUGCACUAAAAGAUGCGAAUGGGCCUGAUCUUACCGACAUGCAAGGAACACUCUCCCGAGCUAUGCAUACCAAAAUGGCUACUCCUCUGGAGCUGGCUCACCUCAUUGAUUCAAUGUGCGGUGCGCUAGAUAUUGAGUCAAGGAUGAUCAGAGGAUAUCUGCGAACUCAAGACACUGAAGCCUCUGGAAAGCCUCAUUCCUGGAAUGCUGUUAAAGUUGAGGGCGAGUGGCGAUUGCUCGAUGCGUCUGCUGCCUCUCCAUCGUCACCGCACGCAAGCACGGACGAUAUAAACAAAUCAUACUUUUUAUGUCCACCCCAGCAGAUGAUCUUCACUCAUAUCCCGAACCAACUGAGCGACCAAUUCUUGAGUCCGGCCAUUCCUGUUUCUGCCGCUGUGACACUACCACUAGCAGGACCCUCAGCGUUUAUUCACGGCGUUGAGCUCGUUGACUUUUCACCCAGCCUACUCCAUCUAGAGAAUUUUGACAUGUGUGAGCUUAAAAUCACGAUGCCAAAUGAUCGCUAUGACGUUGUGGCCGUUUGCAAAAGCAAGGGCGACGAGCGCGAAGGGGCCGCUCUUGCCCAGCCCAUAUGGGAAGAAAAUAGGCGAAUGUUCAGAGUCAAAGCUUGUCUGCCAGAAGGUAGCUCAAAAGGAACCCUUCAGCUAUAUUUGGCAGAUCGGACGAUAUCGUCAAGAAAUGUUGAAGCCAUGUCUCUUAUUUAUACCCUGACUCUAUCUCAUCAGGGUUCAAACGCGGAUUUCAAAUUUUUACGUCGGUUCCCUGCUCCUCAGGCUCAGAGGCACGACGUUUACAUUGCCGCACCCCAAUGCCGACAACUCGGCAAGGGCCAGCCCUACACAUUCGAAUUCCAUCAGCACCCAUCGAAAGGCCUAACUCCUGGCUGCGGUCUGGUCCAAGUAAAACUAGCUGUGCAGUCGCCGUCUGGACGUGCUACGGAUUUGACGCCUCGGGCAACUGGUCCUAGUGACACGUGGAAAGCUACCGUCCGCGUCCUUGAAGUUGGAACGUGGAGAGCAGUGGUUUCUUCCGACGAUGGUCAAGGAUGGGCAGCGCUGGGUGAAUGGUUUUGUAGUUAA